AUGAUAAUAAAAGAUACUUGUGAUGCAAUUUGGACAGCACUUAGCCCUACUUACCUUAAGACACCAUCAAGUGAAGAAGAAUGCAUGGCAAUAGCCAAGGAAUUCAUGGCUGAGUGGAACUUUCCACAUGUUGUUGGUGCAGUUGAUGGGAAACAUAUCUGCAUUGAAUGCCCAAAAAAUGGAGGAUCUCUUUUCUAUAACUAUAAAAAUUUCCACAGCACAGUGCUGAUGGCAAUUUGUGAUGCGAAGUAUCGAUUCACCUCGGGUCACCACCUUAG